GCUACAUGAUCUGGAGAAAGACGCCUGGCCUGACCUGAAUCAUGGCGCUUUCAUGGGAGGCAGACAGAUCCGGACUGGUAUGGGUGCCCUAGAAGUAGCAGUCAGAUCAUCCUGGGAAUCUGUGGUAUUUCUCUUGUUGGCCUCGGGUUCUGGGACUGUCAUGACGUCCUGGAACCAUGCAAACAACAGCGCCAUUCGACGUCGCGGAGACCGCUGGCAAGAUCAUAUCAUACUAUUGGCGCUUUCGACAAGUAGUCUCUCCGGGUUAGGACUCGGUUAUGACAUGCAGACGACAGUCCUCGGAAUUGUGUCUUGGGUGGUCAUAGCUGCUCUCAUGUUGAGCUCUGUCAGCCACGGAAUCGCACGUCGAUUUGGAUAUUGCAAUGCGUAUGAUGGUCGAGUAACGCAAUCU